UAUUUAAACCGACCUACCACACCUGGGGGUGGAGCAACUUGUGCGACCUGCCUCGUUUCCAAAGUUGGCUACAGGUCACGAGCGAGAAAUCAAGAGCUUGCCGUACUAAUCACGUUUCCAUGGUGACCCUACCAAACAACAGGAAGUGUCAUUCGUUUCAGUCGGAUGAGCCCCCGGAGCAGGAGGACUGUCAUAAAUUCUUCACUGUGUUUGACGGCUCUUCUCCGGAGGACGUGUCCCACGCCAGGCAACUAUGGAGUUCUCUGUCCCUCUUGCCGCCGCUGGAGUCCCGGUUGGUGUCGGCAGAUAUCCGUCAGAGGUUGCCGGUUUCCCGGCCGCAGCGCAGCAGCACCACCAUCACUGUUGGCCCCAAAGUCGCCGCCCCGGGGCCGCUAAGUGUCCAUGCUCUACGGCAGAGGCAGGAAGAAAGACAGCGAUACGUCGCCAUGGCGGACCAGAGGAGAGAGAUCCUGGCUCUGCUGAGAAGGCAAAGAGAACAGAGGAUCCAGAAGGAGCUCGUUUCGGUGCCCUUCAAACCGAGGGUGAAGAUGAGCAGAGACAAGGUGGAGAAGCCACAAAAACCUUCAGACUGUGAGAUGGACAAGGAGCUGGUCAAGCAGCUGCAGUAGGAAAAGGACUGAUUAAGAGUCUGUGUUUGUUUUAAAAGAAUUAAGUGAAGAAAUUACAAGUUAUUACAAUUUAUCCUGAGGGGGACAUUCAUCCAAAAUUUGUCAGAAACAUUGUCACAUCCAUAAAUAUAUCAGAACUUGAAGUGAUCAGCGAGGAAGGGUGGGGAUACUUCAAGAAGAAAAUGAGAACGAGCUGGCUACAAAAAGCGUUUGCAACCUUUGUAAUCUCUCAAAGGGGUUUGUCAUAACGGCAAUGGCAGAUGUUAGCAGUAACAUUAAGAAAUUUCUACUCAGUUUACAGUAUGUGAGCAAAUUCCAGGGUCCUGGUAUUUUGCAUGGUAGAUCACUGCCAUAAUUGUUAACAAAAUAUGUUUUGUCUGUGCUUUUCCUGCUAAUAUUAAUGAUGUGCAUGGGCUUUAAACCUAUUAAUAAACCUAUAUAACUUGCUUUCAUUUGUCUUAUGACAAAGGACUCUUUUGGAUUCUUGGUUAGACAAAAUGGAGAUGCUUAAAGACAUAACCUAGGUCUCAGGGAAAUUGUGAUGGACAUUAUAUAGAUACAAUAAAACAACCAACAGAUUAAUUACUAAUGAAAAUAAUAAUUACCAGCAGCCCUUUCUCCUAGUGUCAACUAAGAAUGGGUAGAUUCUAUCCUAGUGUGCUCUUGGGCUGUGAUCAGGUCACCUGUCCAUCACAGGUUUAGACAUUAUAAGCCCAUAUACACUAUGUCAUGGUUAUAUUUGUUUCAUUGAUUUUACUUUUGGAGGAAAUAGUUUCCUACCAGCUGCAAUGACGUUUCUCUGUGAGGGCCGUUAUAAUUUUUUAAUUUUAUAGAGUUAUGUGAGAUUAAAUUAUGGUUGUAUUUCUUGAAUUAAGUCCAGAUGGUGUCAACUGUGAGAUAUCAUGUAUAUACAGUGCUGCAGGUCCUGAACAGAGCCAGUGCAUAUUGCAUAACAUGGAGUGAAAUUUGUGUGAAUAUUCAAAUUCCAAAUGUCCAGUGGAGAAGACCUAGCCAUAACAGGUUAAGAGGAGGCCUGUUGACCAUUGUCUUUAGAAAAUUUGCUUAACGUUUUCAAAGCAGGUGGUGCACACACCAGUCUGUAGAUGCUCUUUAACCUCUCAGACCCUGAUUAUUUGUGUAAUUUGCCCUUAGGUAGCUUUAAAGUGACCCUCCAAUUUAAUUGUACACUUUUCUUCAGUCUCCUCCCGUACUGCAUGUACACUUUCUCACUGAUGAAGAACAUCAAGUGCAUCAACCUAAAAUUUGCACAGAGCAGGAAAUGAUUUAGACUAAGAAAAUAUGGUAUGUAUAUAAAUCAAAUACUGUCCUGAGCAAAGAGAUGGGCAGCAGAGAAACACUGUUUUCAAAGCUUGUUAUUAACAGUAAGUCUGAUGAAAUUUUAUAUUUUUUCAAACUCCAUGACGAGACCAUAACCAACAGUGAAGGUAUUCUGCUAAUGCUGAUUGUGUGUUUAUCCAAAGCCUGAUUUGUUUGUAUGUGCCAUAGAGCUCCACUGUCAUUCUGUGCAACUGUAUUUACUCUAUAUUUAUUUACUUUAAGUGCCUUGAAAUAAUACACCAGUGUGCUGAUGUUUACCAAUCAUGUUUACCUCUGUAAAGCAACGGUGUUUCAUUUAGCAUCUUUUAUCAGUUCUUUUCUGUGGUGUUCAUUUUAGAAAACCAAAAAACCUCAAAGUGCAACUAUAAAUUGAAAGCAUUUAUAGCCACUGAGGACUCUAAUUGUCUGUUACAAACUGAGCACUGUGUCACUAAUUCUGACUCUAACUUUUCUGUUUAAAUCACCAUGAGCUGCUUUUUGUGUAUGUUCUCAGUGAGAACAUCAAACGUUGUUAAUUAAAACUGUAUAAAAAUGGAUUUUAUGGGAUUUUAAAAUAAUCAGGUCUGUGCAGGUCUUGCUGUGGUAGCUAGCUAUCCCAGCGGAUGAUUAGCCUCUGAUACAUCUAACAGCAACUAGCUAGCUAGAGCUAGGAUGGCUGCUUGGUUUUAGUAACUUCUUUAAAAUAACGUUAGCCACCAUCUGUCUCUGGCGUCUCUGGUUCAUUCUCUGUGGAACAUAAAAGUCUAUAUGUGGCAAUGCACCAAAAUGUUUUUUGAGAUAUUUCAUUCUCGAGCAAAGUGGUCCAUCUCUUUGCAGAUAUGGAUCAAUGUCACCCAUAGUUGCACUGUUGCACCGAGUGACGUGUUUCUUUGUUACCAUGAACACACACUGUACUUUGUUUUAACUCAAUCCCACACACACUGCUGCUCGAGUUGCUCAGUGUGGAUUUACUGUUCUCUUCCUCUGGAGCCCUGUUAAAUAAAUUGUAGCAUCUUAGCCUUUUUAACAUAACAUU